UCGAAAAUAAAACACCUGUAAUUUCCUUUAUUACAAGUAAUAAAAAGAAACGUCUUCUCACAAUCAAUGGCUAUAUUUAUCAUGAAAACAAAUCAACAUCAAAAGUAUGUUAUUGGAUAUGUACUCAAAAGCUAUGUUGGGCUGGUGUUCAUCUUAAUCCUCAUGAUCAAUUUAUUAAAUUCACUACAGUCGGCCAUACUCAUAUGCCCGUUCCCGAACAGGUAGAGAUUCGAAAGCUAUUAACAAGAGUUAAAGCACGAAUCAACGAUGAAUCAACAGCUAUUGGUCAAAUAUAUAAUGAAGAACUUGUGAAAGCAAAUCUAACAAAAUCAGCUCUUGCUAUUGCUGCUACAGCUAGAGAUGCCAAUUCUAAACUUAAUAAAUCUCGUCGAUCGAGAACACCCGUACUUCCAACAUCUAUCGAUUUCGACAUUCUAUCAAAAUAUAAAAUAACAACUGAUGGUGAACGAUAUUUAUUAGCUGACCGUGUUCAACGUUGUGGUGGUGGGGUCGAGAAACGAAUAAUUGUCUUCGCCACUGAUGAACAACUUCGUACACUUUUUGACUGUUCUCAUAUUAUGAUGGAUGGUACAUUUGCCUCAUCACCUUCUGAAUUUGAUCAGAUUUAUUCCAUUCAUGGGAUAAAGAACGACCACAGUUUUGUCUGUGCUAUUGCUCUACUUGGUGGACGCUCCACGAUUAUAUACAAAGAGCUGUUCUCCAUCCUUGCUCAUCAUGCUAAUCGAUUAAAUAUGGUAUUUCGGCCAACUAAACUUACAUCCGAUUUUGAACUUGCACUUAUCAAGACCGUAGCGGAUGACCUACCUAAUACCCGACAUAUUGGUUGUAAUUUUCAUUACAAUAAUGCCAUAUAUCGACAAGUGCAACAUCUUGGAUUAGCUUCUAUUUAUCGUGACGAUGAAUCUGCUCGUUCGACUAUACGAAAGCUUAUGGCACUUUCACUUAUUCCUAUCGAACAAAUUGAAUAUGGUUUUAAAAAGAUCACAAGUGAAGCACCAGAUUCAGUAAAACUAUUAAUUAAAUAUUUUAAUGGUUAUUGGACGUCAAAGGUCAAGUGGAGCUUGUGGAAUGUCGGGGAUGUUGGGAUGAAGACUAAUAAUAUGGUGGAGGGAUGGAAUCAUCGAUUUAAUCGAUUAGUAGCUAAAUUUCAUCCAAAUAUUUGGCAUCUUUUUGAUUGUCUCAAGAAGGAAGAAGUUCUCGUGCGGCAACAAAUACUAAAGAUGAUCAUGGGAAAAAACAAAACCAAAUGCAAAAAAAGUGCUCAACUUCAACAACAAAUUUCUUCACUUCGAUCACGAUUUGAAGAAAAUCAAAUCAGUCUUGAUGAACUUUUAGAAGGACUUUCGUUGUUAAUUGGAACAAGCAAAUAA